AUGAAAAGCACCCUCCUAACUCUAGGAGGUAUUGAAUUACAACGCGUUUUCUAUCGGAUUCGCGGAGCUGAUGUUAGUGCUGAUCCAGAGUUAGGAAUAGAUCCAUAUAAGAUAGCUGUGCAGAAAUUAGAUGCAUAUUUCACACCGAAACGACAUGAUUCAUAUGAACGGCAUAUGUUCUGGACACUGAAGCCACGUCCGGAAGAAACUCUCCACCAGAGAGCGAUGAGAGUAAUCGAACAGGCUGACAAAUGCGACUUUGGAGACUCAAAGGAAGCUAGUCGUUCUGCAGCUAUAAUUGAUAAAAUCAUGAUGUUGGUUCCAGAUGAUCUUAGGAAGAAAAUGUUGGCACGGAACAAUUUGACAGUCGAAUCAGUGUUAAGAAUAGUGAUCACUUACCAAACAGUUGAAGGGCAAAUGAAAGAUUUCUCCGACUCAAAGGAUGAUGCUGGAACUGAUGUGAAUGCAAUAAAAGGACUAAAACCCUGGAAAUCCGGCCUGUCGAAAUGCUUCCGUUGUGGAAGACAGCACAAUUUCUCAAAGCAAGAAGAUUGUCCAGCUUUUGGGAAGGAAUGCAAUAAAUGUCACAAAAUGAACCAUUUUGCGGCAGAGUGCAAAAGUCGGGAAAAUCAGAAGAAGAACCUAAAGAGGAAGAAUGAUGAUUCAAGGAAGGACAACCACAAUGAUGCUAAAGACUCGAGUGAUAACAAAAAGAGACGAAUCCGGGUGGUGGAAGAUGACAAAAAUGAAGAUUCUGAAAACAGUUUCAUAUUCAACAUUGGUGAAGGGGACGAGUACGUUUGGUGCAAAAUUGGAGGUGUGCUAGUAGAAAUGCUGAUAGACUCUGGAUCAACCCACAAUGUACUUGAUGAAAAGACAUGGGAAUACCUAAAGAAGAAUGGACAUACGGUCAAGAUUCUCACCUUCAUAUUCUUGGAGGAUUUGACGCAGCUGUAUCUGUUGAUGACAAUGGAACGGAAUACGAGGCAUACGCCAAUUUUUUUGGUAGUCAAAAAUGGGUCACAGCCGCUAUUGGGAAAAACUACAGCAAAAGAACUGAAUUUGCUCAUUUUGGGAUUACCAAGUACGCGCGACACAAACUUGAAUGUGAUUCCCAUGGAAAACAAGAAAACGCCAUUUCCCAAGAUUAAGGGAGUCAAGUUACGUAUUCCGAUAGAUGAAAGUAUCACUCCAGUAUGUCAGCAUCCACGAAGACCCCCGAUUGCACUACUGGGGCGCGUAGAAGAAAAACUUAAGGAACUGCUCCGUUUGGAUAUCAUCGAGGAAGUGACGGGCCAUAGCCCUUGGGCUUCACCAUUGGUGAUUGUUCCAAAGGGGCUCGAUGAUAUUAGACUUUGUGUGGACAUGAGGGUAGCGAACAAGGCUAUUAAGAGAGAACACAGACUGAUGCCAACCUUUGACGAUUUCUUGCCACAAUUGAAGAAUGCCAAGAUAUUCAGCAGACUAGACAUUAAGGAUGCAUUUCACCAAGUGGAGAUUGACGAACGAUGUCGGAAUAUUACCACGUUCAUUACACAUCAGGGUGCAUUUCGGUACAAGCGCUUAAUGUUUGGAAUAUCUUGCGCACCUGAAUUAUUUCAACGCACCAUGGAGCAGAUGUUGGCGAAAUGUCCCAACACAAUCAUCUAUAUUGACGACCUUGUAAUUUUUGGGGAAAACAAUCAGGAACAUGAUGAAGCUGUUCAGAGAGUACUACAGCGACUCAGAGAGCAUAAUGUUCUUCUUAAUCACAAGAAGUGCAUUUUCAAAGUACAUGAAAUUAUAUUUCUUGGACACCGCAUCUCAGCGGAAGGAAUCCGCCCAGCUAAGGAUAAAAUUGAGAGCAUCAGAUCUUUUAGGGCACCUACUACUAAAGAAGAGCUACGCAGCUUCCUGGGUCUUGUCAAUUAUAUGAGUAGGUUCCUAGAAGACUGCGCUACAAUUACACAUCCACUCCGUCUGCUAACUCAUGACAAGGAACCUUUCAAGUGGGAAUCAGUACAUGACAAAGCCUUCCAGACUCUGAAGGAAAUGAUAAUGGGUUGCGAAACAUUGGGGUAUUUUGACAAUAAUAGACGUACUCGCGUAAUUGCUGACGCAUCUCCUGUAGGACUGGGUGCAGUCCUAGUACAGUACGAGGACGAUGAAGAAGUGAAACCCAUUAUAAUUGCCUUUGCCAGUAAAAGCCUCUCCCCGACUGAACAAAGAUAUUGCCAGACGGAAAAAGAGGCUUUGGCUCUAGUAUGGGCAGUGGAAAAAUUUUCAACGUAUCUUCUUGGAAGGGUUUUCGAACUGGAAACGGACCAUAAAGCGCUAGAAGUCAUUUUUAGACCAACAUCUAAGACAUGUGCCCGGAUUGAAAGGUGGCUUUUGCGCCUGCAAUCCUUCCAGUUCAAGGUGAUCUACAAAAAGGGAUCAGAUAACAUUGCUGAUUGCCUUUCAAGAUUGCCAACUCAUAAAGAGCAGGAGUCAUUUGAUGAGGAGGACGAACAUCUGGUGAGAGCUAUAGUGGAAUCAGCUGCCAUAGAUGUUACGGAGUUGGACAAUGCCGCAGAGCGAGAUCCUGUCAUGAAAGAACUCCGGACGUGUGUAUUGUCCGGCAAGUGGUCUUCAUCCCUCAAAGAGUUCCAGGCAUUUAAGGAUGAGUUCAGUACUUCGGGUAAUCUGGUAAUUCGAGGAUCUAAAAUUGUCGUACCAUCUCUACUCCGGCCACGAAUGCUAGCUCUCGGACAUGAAGGCCAUCCGGGGGAAACUGCCAUGAAACAAAGACUAAGGAGUCGUGUGUGGUGGCCUGGAAUGGACAACGAUGUUGUGAAGACUGUUAAGUCUUGUGAGGGAUGUCGAUUGGUGAGUCGUCCAGACCAUCCUGAACCAAUGACGCGUCGGGAACUUCCAAGUGCUCCUUGGGUGGACGUAGCUAUUGACUUUAUGGGUCCACUUCCCUCCGGAGAACAUCUAUUGGUUAUUGUGGAUUACUUCAGUCGAUAUAAGGAAGUGGAAGUGAUGAACUGCAUAACUGCUAGAGGGACAACAAACCGUCUGGAGAGAAUUUUCACUCGCAUGGGCUAUCCCCGGACUAUCACAGUCGAUAAUGGCCGACAGUUUACUAGUGAAGAAUUUGAUUUGUUCUGCCAAGAGCGAGGAAUUUGUAUCAAUCGAACGACCCCGUAUUGGCCUCAGAUGAAUGGGGAAGUUGAACGUCAAAACCGUUCUCUUUUGAAAAGAUUGAAAAUCAGCCAUGCCCUAAAUAGGAACUGGAAACAAGAUCUGCAGAAAUAUCUUCUAAUGUACUACACAACUCCUCAUACUACCACGGGGAAGACACCUACCGAGCUAUGCUUUGGGCGGACGAUUCGCAGCAAAAUCCCCUCGCUAAGUGAUGUGGAGACAACACCUCCUAGCACCGAUUACCGUGACCGCGAUAAAAUUUUGAAAGAAAGAGGGAGAAUGGCGGAGAACAAGAAGAGAGGAGCCAAGAAGUCAGGAGUCCAGAUUGGUGAUACGGUGUUGAUGAAAAAUGUUCUUCCUGACAACAAGUUAUCGACUACCUUUGGAAGAAAUAAAUUCAUCGUUAUCGAGAAGGCAGGGUCGACGGUUAAAGUGAAAGAGAUAAACACUGGCAAGACUUAUAGUCGCAACUCUUCCCACUUCAAGAAAGUACUGGAGGUCAACAAUCCAGAUGUGGAACAGACUGGAACUGCAGGGAGUGGAAACGACAGUGACUUAAACCUGGACCUGGAUGAGGCAGAAGACAAUACCCAAGCGGCCUCUGACCACGAGAAUGCCGAUCAUCAGAGACCGAAUCGAAGUUCUCGGAAACCAACACGGUUCCAGGACUUCAUCAUGAAUUGA